UCACUUAACGCGCCGGAGAUGUGCUAUGUGGGGAAUAUUUACAUGAAUAAUUUGUUAUUUCAAACGGUGUGAGUAGGAAUAUAUUUAUUAUAUUUCCUAACCACAACAAAAAAGUCGUAAAAUGUUCGUUUUCGAUGUUUUGUCGGGCAUUGCGGGCGCGUUAACCGCACACGUUACCGAGAUCCUGACCACUUUGGCAUUCAUCACCUUUGGCACUUACCUUUGCCUGCAAUAUCAAUAUACAUAUUGGCGCCGUCAUCGAGUGCCUUAUAUUGAGCCUGCGAUGAUUUUUGGCAAUUUCAAAGGCAUCCUCAAAUCAGAGUGUGAUUCUUGUGCGUGGUUCCAGUAUUUGUACCAACAUGAAAAGGCCAAAGAUCUUCCUAUCAUCGGCAUAUAUUGUUGUAAUAAGCCCGCAUUGUUAGUGCGCGAUCUAGAGCUGGUCAAAAGGGUAUUGAUCAAAGAUAAUAAUUAUUUCUCAAAUCGUCAUGCUUCUGCCGAUCCCCACUUCGACUCGAUGGGUUCGGAUAAUCUGUUCUUUGCCAAGAAUCCCGUAUGGAAGGAGUUACGGGCCAAGCUGUCGCCAGUUUUCAGCAGUGGCAGAAUGAAGCAAAUGUUUCCACUAAUGCAGGAGAUGGCUCAGCAAUACGACAGCUAUCUCUGUACUUUGAAAAUUGAUUCGGAAACCAAAUCGACUGUGCUCGAAAUAAAGGAGUCAAAUUCAUUAUAUACAACCGAUGUGAUUGCAAUUACUGCUUAUGGCGUCAAAAGCAACAGUCUUCAAAAUCCUAACGGCACUUUUCGUAAGAAUGGAAAGAAAAUUUUCACCUUCAGUUGGUUUCGUUCAUUAGAGUUCAAAGCUAUCUUUUUCAUACCAAUUUUGACUACAAUAUUCCAUGUGAAAGUAUUCUCUGCAUCGGUUACAAAGUUUUUGCGCAAAACCAUCAAUAAUGUAAUGGAAGAGCGCAUUAAAAGCGGUAUUGUUCGCAAUGAUCUCAUCGAUAUUUUGAUUAAACUUCGACGCGAAGCGGAAGUGGAAUUGAAAGAAGGUAAAAAGCCAUUCCUUUUGCAGCGAGAUGCUUUGGCAGCACAGGCAGCUAUUUUCUUCUCGGCUGGCUUCGAGACCUCAUCAAUGACCUUGUCAUUUACAAUGUACGAAAUGGCUCGUCAUCCGGAUAUGCAGCGUCGUUUGCGCGAAGAGAUACGCGAAGCAGUGCUGAAUAACGACGGCAAAGUGACCUACGAAUUGAUAAUGGGUCUGAAGUAUUUAGAUAAUAUUCUAAAGGAGGUGCUACGCAUUUAUCCACCAUUGCCUUUCCUCGAUCGUACAUGCACGCCGAAAGCAGGUGAAGCCGGUUAUUCAUUGAAUGAAUACGGCAUCGAUUUUAAUAUACCUUUAGGUAUGCCUAUCUUCGUACCGAGUCACGCCAUGCACAUGGAUCCGCAGUACUUCAAAGAUCCCGAAAAAUUUUAUCCCGAUCGUUUUCUACCUGAAAACAAAGAAGACAACAACCUGAGCGCCUAUAUGCCAUUCGGCCUUGGCCCGCAUACUUGUUUAGGCGAACGCUUCGCACUGUUGCAAACAAAAGUUGGACUGCUCUACUUUUAUCGCAAUCAUUAUGUGACCCCCUGUGAUCAGACGCCGAGGGAAAUUGAAUUAAGUCCAAGCGCCGUUAUAUUACACGUUUUGGGAGGUAUACACUUGAACAUAGUGCGCGAUCCAUUAUUUUAUUCCAAGUCGACUGCCAAUACAGCCAUGUGGACCCGCACCAAACGCUUCAGUAUCGUACACGACUCCGCCACCAAUGCAAUGUGGCUCGAAAGUUUGCUGUUGUUGCUACUUCUUUGUUGCUUGCUUUUACUUUGGUUACGGUACCACUAUGAUUACUGGAACCGCCAUCAGGUGCCACAGCUGAGACCAACAUAUGGCGUGGGCUUAUUAGGUGGAUUAUUUUCGAUGCAGCGCAGUCCAGCAGAGUUUGUGCAAAGCCUUUAUAAUCAUCCCGAUGCCAGGCACAGACCUUUCGUAGGCGUACAUGUAUUCAAUGAGCCGGCAAUAUUGUUGCGUGAACCUGAACUUAUUAAACGAAUUUUGGUGAAGGACUUUUCAAAGUUCUCUGAUAGGUUUUCCAACUCAGAUUGCAAAGGAGAUCCAUUGGGUUCGCUGAAUUUAUUUUUCUUACGCAAUCCCGCCUGGAAGGAGGUCCGUUUCAAGUUAUCACCGUUCUUUACCAGCGGUAAACUCAAGCACAUGCUUCCUUUAGUUGAAGAGGUCGGUCGCGAGCUUGAUAAAUAUUUGCUUUCUCGAUCAAUUGAAUGCCAUGCAGCGAACUCUUUUACGAUGGAAAUGAAAGAGCUUUGUGCACUCUAUACCACAGAUGUGAUAGCCACCGUUGCUUAUGGUGUCCAAGCGAAUUGUUUCAAAAAUCCCAAUGGCGAGUUCCGUCGCCACGGUCGCGCUGUCUUCAAGUUUAGUGUACGUCGUUCGCUGGAAUUCAUGGUGGUGUUCUUUAUGCCACACUUGGUACCCUAUUUAAAAUUCAAGGUAGUGCCACCAACAUCCAGCGAAUUUCUGCGUUCUACAAUCAAUUACGUAAUGGAACAACGAGAACUAUCUGGUCUGAAACGUAACGAUCUAAUAGAUAUUUUGAUCGAAUUUAAGAACUCUACAAAAAAUAAAAACUCUCCGCAUGGACUCAUCUUUGAGGGUGACAUAUUGGUUGCGCAGGCGGCACUCUUUUUCACAGCUGGCUUUGAGUCAUCUUCGGCGACAAUGUCCUUUGCACUGUACGAGCUAGCCAAGCAACCAGAUUUGCAGCAGCGUGUGCGCGAAGAAAUCUCAGAAGGUCUAACACGUACAGCGGGUAAAAUUUCGCAUGAAUUUAUAGACUCAUUACAGUAUAUGCAAAUGGUGAUCGAUGAGGUAUUGCGACUCUAUCCACCUUUACCAUUUUUGGAUCGACAAUGCACAGAGCAAGAGGGUUACUCGUUGGAACCUUUUCACAAUUUUCGCAUGCCACAAGGUAUGCCCGUUUACAUACCAGUUUAUGGUCUGCAUAUGAACCCGGAGUUCUAUCCCGAACCGGAAAAAUUCGAUCCCGAACGUUUUGCGCCACAAAACAAGAAAAACUUAAAGCCUUAUGCCUACAUGCCAUUCGGUUUGGGACCACACGGCUGCAUUGGUGAACGCUUUGCUAUGAUGCAAACCAAAAUCGGUCUUACUUAUUUUCUACUAAAUCACAAAGUGACGACUUGUGAGCGUACAAAGAUCCCCAUGCAGUUGGAUCGCAAAGCAGUUGUGGUGCAGGCCGAGGGCGGUAUUUACUUAAAUGUUGUGCGUAGUCCUCUGAUUAAUUGCCGCCGCUUGUUUGGUUAAGAGGAUUCCAUGCAAACGAGAACGAGUUGGAUGCGAAAAUGAGUGAAAGUUAUUCAAAAACUAUUGAUUUUAAGGGGCACUCAGUUACUGCAUACCAGCACAGA